GCUCGCGUGCUUUACGGUUCGAGAUUAACGAGAAAAUCUUGUAAAAAACCUUUCGAAAAAUCAUAUACAAGUUUCAAAAACAAAAUUUAAAAAUAACAAAAUUACAUGAAAAAGCCUUAAAAAUUGCUAAAACUUGUAUUUUUUUGCGUGCCAAUAAAACGACGAUAAAGCUUCGAGAACGCCUUGUAUGGAGGUAUGUGAAUCAACACAAAAUAAAGAUAAAUAAAAGAAAACAAAAUAAUUAAAAGCGGGCCAUACAAAAAAUAACAAAGUGUGUGUUGGUGUUUGUGUCAUGUCCACAGAUAAUCCCACACAGUUGCUGACCGCCCGCGAUUUGAGCCAACUGCGUGGCCAUCUGCAAUCCGGCGCAGCGGUGGCCUCCACGCCCACUUCUGUGGUGGCAGCGGCGACAGUGGCUGCCGCCCAUGGAUACCGCACCAUUGCACCACCACCCGCCAACAGCAGUAGCAACAGCACCACUAGCACCACAGCAACAUCAUCAUCUGCAGCAGCAGCAGCAGCAGCAUCUCCUGUAAUACCACCAGUUGUAUCCACAAGCAAUAGCAAUAUGCCGGCCAGUGCCUCAAAAUAUGUAUUUCUGCAACAUAAUGGUGGUUUUACGGCGUACGAUAGUUCUGCAACCACGACGGCCACGGGUAGUUCCGGACCCGUUGGAGCCACAGGUGGCAAUAUAGUACUCCUUGCCGCCGAGCCACUGGAAAUGGGUGCCUCCGGGGAGACGUUGGUCAAUGUGCGAACCACCGACGACGAUGGGGAGUUGCGUUCGCUGUCCUGGUUAAACGAUAGCAACCUGAUCAAGGGCAUUGUGACAACAACUGCAGGACAGGCGGGAAAACGUGGUGCAGCGGUGGCCAUCAAGACGGCUGCUGGAGCAGGCGCUACCAAUGGCAAUCUGUGCAUAGUCAGCGACUUGAUCGAAGAGUUGCCCACUAAUCUGAGUGAGUCCAGUGAACAGGAAGCGGCAAUAGGAGCAGCCAGCGGGUCAGCAGCUGUAUAUAGCACCACCACGGUGCACAAAGGAGCCAGCGGCACCACCACGGUGGUGGAGUACAAAGCUAGUAAAGCCAAUCAACAGCAGCAACAGCAGCAACAGCAACAGCAACAGCAGCAGCAGGCGGCCUAUUUGCCUACGUCAACGAGAACCACGAUGGUGGGUCAUGGUUACAUGCCAGUGGUGGUGAGCAGUGCAGCCAACCAACCCUUACUAUCGCCCGCCAAACAGCAGCAGCAACAUCAAAUCUAUGUGACCAGCAAUGGGAGCACAGGAAGUGCAGGAGGAACCGGUGGUGGGGCAGCCAUUUACAAGGCAGCCAACCAGGCGCUGUGCUCGCCAACCACCAGCAGCAGCAGCAACACCACCUCCCACCAUCCGCACAAAAAAUAUUUGCGCGAGAAGAUGCACGUCCAGAUGGAUCAUAGCAGUCAUGUGGGCUCAACGGUGACGGUGGUUAGUUCGCCGGCCUCCUCUAACAAUUCCUCGAUAAGCAGCUCCAGUUCGGCCUGCAAUUCGGGUUCCGUAUCCGGUUCAGGAUCCUCGACAGCGGCUGUAAAUGGGGGCAACAGCCCAGUACCCAAGGCCAGCAGUUUUAGCACUGUCUUCGAGGCAGUAAACUAUGCCACAUCGGCGGCUAGCAGCAGCAGCACGCCCAGCAGCCAAGUGAUACUCCAUGGUCAGGAGCCACCGGCAAUGGUGACAACCACGACUUUGAUCAGCGCCGGAUCCCUGCCGCCGGGCUAUAGCUUUGUUAACCACGUAGCCAGCACGCCGCAUAUCAUUUCUACGCCAGCCCAUGUUGCCUCACCUGAGACGCCGCCUGGAGCAGCCCUGUUGCCUGGAACGUACUACACCACCAGCACCACUGCAGCGGGCACGACCACAACAGCUUUACAGCCGCGCAGUCUGCAGUUAUCCGUUUCCCCGCCGCCGCCAAAUAUGACGCCCACGAGUCAGGUGCACAUUGGAACCCUUGGAGGAGGUCCAACAGGAUCUGGAGGAGGUCCGGCAGGAUCCGGAGGAGGAGGAGGAGUUAACCUGCGCAGCCCCAAUAGUUACAACAGCUACGACAACGAGGACUCGUUAAAGGAGUUCGAUCUGGUGGUCAGCUCACGGAUGCAUACAAGCACGCCCCAAUAUUCGGUAGCCAAAAACGGAACCAAUGGUUAUGGCAGUAGCAACAGCAAUGUGAAUGGCGGCCUAGCAGGUUCAAACACGCCACAAAAGCAAAAGCAUCCCAAUAACGUGCCAUAUGAUCCGCUAGUGCAUACUAAUAAUAAGCCGCCAUAUAGCUUUAGUUCCUUGAUCUUUAUGGCCAUUGAGGGUUCGAAUGAGAAGGCACUGCCCGUGAAAGAAAUCUAUGCGUGGAUUGUGCAGCACUUUCCGUACUUUAAGACGGCGCCCAAUGGCUGGAAGAAUAGCGUGCGUCACAAUCUGUCGCUAAACAAGAGCUUCGUCAAGGUGGAGAAGGCGCCUAAUAUGGGCAAGGGAUCGUUGUGGCGUGUGGAGCCACAGCAGCGCCAGAAUCUCAUCCAGGCGUUAAACCGAUCGCCCUUCUUUCCCAACUCUGCAGUGGAUAAGAUCAGUCCCUCGCUCAAAAGUCCUAGUGGUGGAUCCGGUUACGAUAGCCUGGAUGGCGGUGCAGUUCCCUCAAUUCAGCCAGUGGCAUCGGGAGCAGGAGGAGUUCCAGCUGCCGCGGUGGCUCUGUCCACGCCCACAAAAAGCAAUGGUCUGGUGUUGGCCAACGGUGCUAGUCAGGCUACCAACGCAGCCAGGCCGCAUAGUCCCGGCGGCGGUGGCAGUGGCAGUCAUGCCCGCUUCGAUCCCAAGCUCUUCCCCAAUCUGUCCAAGGCCUUCCGGAACAUACGCGAGGAUUCAGCCGGACAGCCUCUGCUGCAAGAUCCCCUCGAUGAUGAUUUGUCCGGGGACUAUCACAACAAUAAUAAUAACAAUGGCAGCAAAUACAACUAUGUGGGGUUGAAUGGAGCUGGAUCUGGAUCUGGCAGCGGAGGAGUUGUAGGUGUUGGUUCCGCCACUAAUGGAGCUUCUGAUGGCAUUAAUUUCGAACGAUUGGCUCGCGAUUGCGGUGCGGAUAGCAUGGACGACGUACAUGCGGCGGCGGCGAUGCUCUUCCUCAAACACGGACCAAAGGCCUUCAGUGAGCCCUACCAGAAUGGAAGUGCCCCGGUGAUUACGAGUUCUCCGAGCGAGGAUCACACCUAUUCGGCGGGCGGCAACAGCAAUGCGGACAGUGGUUCCUCCACGCCCCUGACCAAUGGAAAUGUCCUGGCCAGCGUAGCACAAGCGGUGGUUCAGGCCCAGAAUAACCAAGGAGCUGGAUCCGAUAGCAAUUGCGCCAGCUCGGAUGCUGCCUACGAUAGCAGUGAGGAGAAUCACAACAUCACGCCCGAGGAGAUGGCCGAUCGGCAGAGGCAUCGCGAUGGUGUGGACGCCCUGCUCUCGCUUUCCCGCUCCUCGAUUGUAGAGUGCGGUUCGGUGGCCACCACCCAUUAUCACAGCAACGGCAGCAGUGGCAGCAGUCAUGGAUCCCCGCACAAGCGAGCCUCGAGCCACAGUUUGGAGGAGGAGCACCUGCAGCAACACCGGGAGCAGCAGCACCAGCAGCAGCAUCAACAACAUCAGCAACAACAUCUUCAGCAGCAGCAACAUCAGCAACACCUCCAGCAGCAAUUUGGCAGCAAUCAAGCGGUCUACACCAAUGGCAGUGGCAGCAAAAUGGCUCUAUUGAGCAGUGCAGCUGCCAACGUGGCACUCGCCCAACAGCAACAGCAGCAGAUGCACCAGGACCUCUACUCCUCGCCGGCUGGGCAUACUGCCAGUUUGUAUCUGGGUGGACUGAACAAUCACUGCCUGCCUGGUGUAGGCGGUGUCGGUUCUGUGGGCGUGGCAGCGGGCAUGUUGCCACAGCAUUUGAGUGCUGCAAUGGUGGCUGCUGCAAGUAAAAAUAAGGUGAAACCGCUGCGAGCAUUACGCACCAAGAUCAAGCGAAAGUCCGCCUGGAUGCGGUGAAUAUGGCGGCAGGCUGGCGGCAAAUGGACCUAAUACAGCCAUAAAAAAAUGCCUCCCUACCACGACCCCUACCCGCCCCUGCGACCUAUUGUUGUCUCUUUCUAAAGCAAAAAUUGUUCAAAUCACAGAGCAUUUAGACUAAAAUUCAUAAUCUUAAAAGGGCUGAGAAAGAAAGCCAUUUUUUCUUUUUUGUUUUUUUGCUCUAACUUUUACCAAUUUAUUUUUGUGUGUUUUUACCCUUGCCCCGUGUUUGUUAUACAAAUUUUUGACUAUUUUUUUUUUAUUACUAUAAAUUUAGCCCUAAAUGUUUUUUUGACUUUACUUUUUCGCAAUCGAUUGUUGGCCAUUUAAAUUAUACUUGAUUAAAUAUUAAUGUUUGAUUUACUAGCCAUCCUAGCUGCAAUUUCAUAUAACUCUUAGCCCUUAAGUGCAAUUCUGAUCCUUUUUAGCUUGUAAUUUUAAUUUGUGCAAAUAUUUUACAAUUCAAUCGCAAAACGAGAAUACUUUUAAUGGCAACCAGAUAAGAAAACUAGAAUUAUAAUGGAAAAGUGUCUGGUUUUUUAAGACCCCAUAUUCGUUGUUAGCUUUUAAUACAUACAGAAAUCUAAAUUAUUCAUUUUAACUCGCGAAAUGAGGGACACAAACAAAGUAAACUUUUCCAGCGUAUCAGUGACAAGGUUUAUACCAAAAGAAAAUAAAACAAAAAAGAAAAAACACCAACAAAUUGAGCUAAGUAAGGAAAUCUAAGAAAAUAAAAACGAAAUAACGAAAAAAAAAUUGUAAAAAGCGCAAGAAAAAGGAAAAAAGCAAGAAAGCAAACGGAACGUUUGUACAAAGAGCAACCAGAAUUAAGAUAAAUUCUUUUUUUUUUCGGUUUUGUGCCGCAAAAAAUGUUUUUUCUACACUUAUAAGAAGCAAAACACCCUACUUACAUGAUCUAAAAACAAAACGAUUUACAAAUAUGUAUACACAUAGAAAAGAGUUAUAUAGAGAAACUUAAGAUGAGCCAAGCAAGAACCCACAAAAGGAACACACAUUUAGCGCCUUAUACAUUGAGUCCUUAGCUAAAAACAAAAGAGAGAUCUGUUGAAUUGUUUGAACUGCUUUGUUAUACGGAUGCAUGAGUACAUAUAUAUUCUAUAUCUAUAUAUCUAAGGUCCCAACCCUUUUUCCCCGCCCCACGACCCCCACACGACACUCAAGCAAAUGUUAAAUCAAAGAUAUUUAGUUUGUAAGCCAGGGAGAAAACGAAAAUCCUAUUUGUAAGCUUCAUUUAUAUGGUUACGUAGUUGAAAUGCUAAACAUUUGUUAAUGAGAAUCAAACCGUAAGCUAGCCGAUUUUAGUUGAAUGAACCUCCUCCAAUAUCCCCGCCCCAAGUGUAUAUACAGAAUGGAAAAAGAAAAGCUGUUGAAAUUAUGCUUACACAUCUUUACAUAGGCAUAUUGUGGAAACCAAGAAAUACUUAUUACCAUUUAAAUAAGCAAAGGAAGAACUUGACAAAGAACGCCCUAAGUGUAUACACUUCAUGUACCUUUUUAGCAAAAAGCAAAAACGCAAGAGCAAAGAUCGCAUUAAAUUAACAAUUACGAAACUAAAAUAAAUGUUGAUGUCAAAGAGAAACCAAUUUGCUAGUUGUUACAAACAAAAAAAAAGGAAAAAUGUUAAAAAUAUUGUGUUUCCUCAAAAACUUAUUAUUACGAUUAUGGUUUUUUUUUUUGUUUUUUAGUUUAAUUACGUAAGAAUAUUGCCUUGAAGCAUGUUUUGGGGAAAGAAAUGUGACUAAAAUAACAGAAGCGAGAACAACAAAAUAAUUGUAUACCUAGCUUUAACUUAAGGUCCUACAAAAAAAUCCCUAAAGCCCCUUUAUAACCCCCCUCUUCGCACGACACACAGUGAAAGACAAUCGCCGCCCGUGUUGUUGUCGUUGUCGCUUAAGUUUAAACAAAUUCUAUGUAGCUACGAGUAAUAUAUAUAUAACUUACACACAGCAAUAGCAAAGUACAUAUACGACAAAUAUUGUUAUACAACCUUAAGCUUUAGCCGAGAGAAGGUGGAAAACUAUCUUCCCGAUCCCACAACUCCUAUUACCUAUAUCCUAUAUCCCCAACAAAAAAAAACAACCGAUGAGCUAACCAGUUUUGUUAAUGUGUUUUUUCUUCUAUUUUAAUUAUUAUAUCGCAUUAUUAUUAUUAUUAUUACCGUAUAUAUAUUCAUGCUGGUAUAUAUAUAAUUGAUUAUACAACUUUUUUUGCGUACCAAAUACACACCAAUCAAAAUGUGAAAUAUUUUCUUUA